AUGCUCAAUCAUCGGCUCUUUUCUGCUCUUUCUUUGAACGUGGUGAAAUACAGCAAGAAUCAUCAUCAUGUACAGAAUUGUAUAUUUUCAUCUUCCUCUCGCUCAUUAUUAAGAGAUCGGAAUCAUGAACAAUUUCCUUUUUAUUUUUCUCAUCAUUGUCGGAAUUUCCAUUCCUCCAUUACUCUUUCCUCAGAAAAAUCUGGUGAUGGAAUGGUUGACCAUACUUCACUCGGAGAUUUUCCAUUUACUCAAACUCAAUAUUUAAAAGCAAUCAAUCGAUCCGUGGAAUACAUCACUGAAGUUUUGGAUGAAUUCUAUGAAAAUGAAACAGAUUAUUUGGAAGAGAAGGGUAUUGAUAUGGAAGUUGAAGGAGGACAUGAUGGUGUGGUGAAUAUUAAAAUUACAACGAGAAAGUCAAAUGGACCUUUGAUUUUUGUGAUUUCAAGACAAACACCAGCGAGAGAAUUGUGGCUUUCGAGUGCAUUAAGCGGUCCUUGGCACUUCAAAUACGAUCAUGUGGCUGAUGAUUGGAUUUGUACGAGAGAAGGCUUUCCUAAAUUUUGGGUGAGAUUACAAAAGGAAUUAUCUCAAGUUUUGGAGAAAGAAAUUAAAUUUGAAAAGUCAAAUUAG